GCGCUGUCCCCUGGGCCGUCCCCGCGUCCGCCCUGCGCCACUGGGACCGGCUAUUUCUCGGCGCCGAGGCCCCCAAGGCUGCACCCGAGCUUCCGCCGCCCGCCGCCGCCGCUCGCCGGCUUCCCCUCCCCCCACACCAGGGGCUUGGAGCAGGAGGAGGAGGGGCCGGUGCGUUCUCGCCGCCGCGCUUUGCAACCUGCCGGGGACGGUGCAUGCCCGGCGAGGGGCCGGGGCCGCCGCAGGUGCGUGCAACCCCCGGAGGAGACGCCCCCCACCUCCAGGCGAGCCCGGUGUCUGCAAGCCGCGGGCGGGCGGGCGAGAGGAAGCAACAAAGACAAGCGGCAGCUGGGGCUGCCGAGAGGGGCCACGGCCGCCGGGCUCCCGGCGCGGGCGGAGAGGGCGCCCCGGGAGCGGCGCGGGCCGAGCUGCAGCGGUGAUCCGGGCCCCGAGGGGCGGCGCAGCGCCGCCCGCCGGACGCGGCGAGUACAGGCCCUGGAGAGGAUGCGUCGCCUGAGCGCCCGCGCCGCCCCAGUCCGGGGCGGGCAGGACCCCCGCUGAGCGGAGACAACCCCGACUUCGGACGGCGCGGGCGGCACCGGAUAGCCCUCACCGAAAGCGCUCCUUCCCACCCGGAGAGAGGCACAGGCCCCCGCGGGGGCUUCCUCCGCAGCCUCGGCCACCCUGCAUGGCUGCGACCAGCCGCGCGGAGCGUCGCGGUCGCUGAGACCUGCUGCCCUUCGUCGGCCUGGCUGACCCGGGACCCUGCCGCAGAGUGCACCCCACCAGGGGCCCCCAGCUCUGCCAUGCUGGCCUGUCUGCAGAGGACCCAGAACCCGCCGGGCCAGCACCUGGCCUGCCCGAGCAAGAGCCUGGAGCUGCGCAAGUGCGAGGCGGUGGCCAGCUCCAUGCAUUCCUCCCACUACCCGAGCCCGGCCGAGCUGGACGCCUACGCCGAGAAGGUGGCCAACAGCCCGCUGUCCAUCAAGAUCUUCCCCACCAACAUCCGCGUGCCCCAGCACAAGCACCUGGGCCGCACCGUCAACGGCUAUGACACCAGCGGCCAGCGCUACAGCCCCUACCCGCAGCACGCCGCCGGCUACCAGGGCCUGCUGGCCAUCGUCAAGGCCGCCGUGUCCUCCUCCGCCGCGGCCGCGCCCACCGGCCCGGCCAAGGGCGUGCUCAAGAGCGCCGAGGGCAAGCGGACCAAGCUGUCGCCGGCCGCCGUGCAGCCUCCUCUACCAGCUCAACCAGCAGUGCCAGGCCCCGGGCGCCGCGCCCGCCGCCUGCCAGGCGGUGGCCGUGCCCCACCCCAGCCCGGCCAAGCACGGCCCGGUGCCCAGCUUCCCCAGCAUGGCCUACCCGGCCGCCGCCGGCCUGCCCGACUGCCGCAAGGGCGCCGAGCUGGGCCAGGGGGCCACGCCGGCCUUGACACUCGCCGGGGCCGCCAAGCCUGCAGGGUACGCAGACGGCGGCCUGGAUUACCUGCUGUGGCCCCAAAAGCCACCCCCGCCGCCGCCCCAGCCGCUGCGUGCCUACGGCAGCAGCACGGUGGCCAGCAAGUCCCCCGAGGCUUGCGGGGCCCGGGCGUACGAGUGGGCCGGUGGGUCGCCCCUCAACUGCGGCGUGGGGCUGCCCGCCAGCUUCACCGUGGGCCAGUACUUCGCCGCGCCCUGGAACAGCGUGCUGGUGACCCCCACGAGCGACUGCUACAACCCUGCGGCGGCGGCUGUGGCGGUCGCCGAGCUGGGGCCCGGGGCGUCCCGGGAGCUGGCGGGGCCCCCCGCGGACGCCCUGUCGGGGCUGCCCAGCAAGAGCGCGUGCAACACGUCGGUGCUGAGCAGCAGCCUGCAGUCGCUGGAGUAUCUCAUCAACGACAUCCGGCCGCCCUGCAUCAAGGAGCAGAUGCUGGGCAAGGGCUACGAGACGGUGGCCGUGCCCCGGCUGCUGGACCACCAGCACGCCCACAUCCGCCUGCCCGUCUACAGAUAAGGCUGCCGGCGGGUGUGCGGCGCUGCAGGCCCGGGCCGGGGCGGGCGGCUCGCGGGGGCCCAGCCCCGCCCCAAGCCCGCUGGUGCCCACGGGGAGCCGGGCCGGCCUCUGCCUCGCCCCUGCCGGUGGCGGGCUGGCAGGGUGACCUCGCGCACCAAGGCCCUGUCCCACCAUCGGCUGCCCCAGGACGCGGGGAGGCCCGGGGGCAGCCGCUGACCCCCACGCCUUUCCAUCGAAGCUGGCGGAGGCGGGGAGAGAGAAACCACUUGAAAACGGGAAUGGUUCUUUCCGGGGCUCCUGGGAGAGGGGCUCGGGCCAGGGUGGGACGCAGGAGGAAGUGGGACACUCCAGAGUCAGGGUCGGAGCGGCCCCCAGGGGCCAGGCGGCUGAGUUUUCCCACACAAGCUCCCCAGUCCCCUAGAAAAGGAGCAAAGAGGGGGGCCCAGAGGAAGUCGCUGGGCCCAGAGUGUCCCCCCACAACCAAGCCAGGUGAAGACCACUCCAAUAGAGGCCCCAGGGACUACUGAUUCCCCUCUCCUCCCACCCGACACCCCCACCAUUCCUUCCUAACCCAUCCCCGUCCUCCAAAUCCUGGACUACCAUCUCCCCCCUUCCCUCCAAUAUAUCUUACAGGGCUGCUGGGCACAGUUGUGCAGGCUGUGCACUGCACAAGUGCACCUCAUCCAAGGAGACACCACUUGCAUCCUAAACUUGUAUAUUUAUUACAAUUUUCUGCAUUUUGAGGAAGGAGCACCAUUUUCCUAUUCACACAAAGGCGCCAUAGGAGCUAACAAAGGGCCUGCAAUCCUCGACCCCAUUCAGAGGGACCCUACCUUGCCUUCUUUGGGGGAGGGGUCUCCUGGGAGCCAGUGAGGGGGCAACCUUCUGCUUUUAACAGGGAGACCCAAUCCAACUCCAUUCCUGCAAACCGCCCUCCAAGGCCUGCCCCACACCAUCAAGGAGGGGAAGGGAGGCAGGCGUCCACCCGUCCUCCAUCAGGUCCGCAAGGUCCCCCAUCCCCCUGUCCCCCGUCCCCCCGUCCCAGCCCCUCUGGCACUCCAGAAGCGGUACUGUAUCUCUCUCCAAGGCCUGUUCAAGCACUAAGUGCAUUUACAAAUCUCUGAGAAUGUUUUUUUUUAUACUAAAAUUGACCAUUAUAUUCUACUGUGAGAAGUGCAGUCUGCACUAUAUUGUUUUAAAAACGAAGAGAAAGAAAAAAAAAGGAAAACACAGAUGGUGUCUCA